AUGGGGCAGAAGGACGACGAUCGGGAGGACGAUUUGGAAAGCGGCUCCAAGUCGCCGCUGCUGCAGCAGCGGGGCGCCCCUGCGCAGCCGUUCAACCCACACGCACCCGCGCCCGCCGGCCCGUUCAAGCGCCCGGGCGCGGCCUCACGGAUUGGCAGGCUCCUGGGGGUGCGCAACGGCACGGCGCGCGUGGUGCUGGCGGCGGCGGUGGCGUCCGCCUGGAUGUUCUUCAGCAGCCUGCUCAUCCUUUUGAAUAAACACAUCCUGAAGGACCUGAAAUUUCCGUGA